AUGCAGGAGGUACAACACGCCCACGGUGCAGGCGAUGUGCCCACCACCAUCCCUCCUCCUCACUACGCUACUCCUCCAACAAACUACCGCCUUGAUGACCUCUCGUCCGAGGGCAAGAAGAGCGACCCGGAGCUAAUGAUGCCCGUCGACAAGACUGCCACUGUCCAGGAAGGAUCUGAGAAGUUCCAUCGCCUUGGUUGGAAGCAGCUCACCGUCUGUCUGAUUGUCGAGGCUAUUGCCCUCGGCUCUCUCAGUAUCCCCAGCGCCUUUGCUACUCUCGGCAUGGUCCCCGGUACCAUCAUGUGUGUUGGUCUCGGUCUUGUUGCCAUCUACACCUCCUACGUCGUCGGCCAGGUCAAGAUGCGAUACCCUCAUGUCAACCACUACUCGGACGCUGUUGCACUCAUCUGGGGCCGCUUUGGAAAGGAACUGACUGGUGUCAUGUUUGCCCUUUUCCUGAUUCUGCUUGUUGGAUCCCAUGCUCUUACUGGAACCAUUGCCUUUAUCAACAUUAUUGGCGACUACGCGACCUGCGCCCUUGUCUGGAGCGUCGUUUCCCUCGUCAUCCUCUUGGUCCUUGCGCUGCCUCCUACCUUCCACGACUUUGCAUUCUUGGGUUACAUUGACUUUGUCAGCAUCAUUGCCGCCAUUCUCAUCACCAUCAUUGCAACUGGUGUCCAGGCUCACAACGCGCCUGGUGGCCUUGCCGCUGUCGACUGGUCCGCUUGGCCCCAGCCAGGAACCACAUUCUACCAGGGCUUCCUUGCUACCACCAACAUCAUCUUCGCCUACUCGUUUGCCGUCUGCCAGUUCUCCUUCAUGUCGGAGAUGCACACCCCCAAGGACUACGUCAAGUCCAUCUGGGCCCUCGGUCUGAUUGAAAUCUUCAUCUACACCCUCACUGGUGCCCUCUGCUACGCCUUCAUUGGCCAGAGCGUCAAGUCGCCCGCCCUCCUCUCUGCCGGUUCCACGGUCUCCCGCAUUGCCUUUGGUAUUGCUCUCCCCGUCAUCUUCAUCUCUGGCUCCAUCAACGGCACCGUCGUCUGCCGCUACAUGAUGGACCGAUUCUUCCCCGACUCUCCCAUCCGCUUUGUCAAGGAUGCCCGUGGCUGGACCGUCUGGGUUGGCCUUAUUUCUCUCGUCACUGUCAUUGGAUGGAUCAUUGCCGAGGCCAUUCCAUUUUUCAACGCCCUGCUUGGUCUCAUCUCCUCGCUCUUCAUUUCUGGUUUCACCUUUUACUGGCCUGCCCUCUUCUGGUUCCAGCUCGUCAAGGAGGGCAAGUGGAACGCUUCAGCCAAGAACAUUUCCCUCAGCAUCUUGAACGCAAUCGUUCUCAUUAUUGGAAUGGUCGUUCUGGGCGCUGGAACUUAUGCCUCUGUCGAGGACAUCAUCACCCAGUACAACUCUGGUGAUGUCAGGAGCCCAUUCACCUGCAAGGCAUCAGCCUACGCAUAA